ACACACACACACAGCUCGUGUGCACAGAGACAGAGGGAGCAGCACAGACAGCAGGAGAUGGAGACGAGGCCCUGCCCAUCUUGCCAUUGAUCUUGAGGCAAGCAAGAGAAUCCACACCAGCGAGGAAACGCCGACUCUAAUUCAAGGAUGUGUCCUGGAAAAUGAAACCUGGAGUUUUGACUUUUGGAAUUCUCCGAUCAGCCGAUCAUAUUUGAGGUUUUAUCCCGAUGUGCCGCGUGGAUCCGUGUGACCAAUCGGACGAUGGAAAAGUGAUCUGAGGCAGAAGAGUGCAAAUUUUCACAACAAUCCGUCUGGAUUUUGGUUUUCCGUAAUCGUUGGGAAAUCACAUUCAUGUGGGAUCAGGUUCACAGUUGGGAAACAUCAUGUGAACAUUAUUCUGGUUUGGAUAAUUAUUUUAGAAAACAUGUGAAAAGGUUCUCUCCAGCUGCAACGUAAUGAACUGGCUUGUUUUGCCAAGAGAAGACGACAUGCAGACACUCUUGUUUUUCCCCAGAACCUUGUAGCUGUCGCAAAAAUGGAAUGAGACUUCCCUUUUUUUACCCUUCUUUCCGCCUUUGGCUUGUUAAAAACACACACAGAUCUAAGCGAAGGUGACUGAACUCACACUGGACCUGGAGUCUCUGAGGGACAUGCAGAUGCACCUUUGCUGUUCUACAGCGGGACAACUGUUUCCAACCGUCUGAGGAGGACAGGACUGAGGUGUGGACACGGUAGCGAGCACGGUGGUUGGCUGGCUUUUGGAGUCAGUUCCAAUGGGGGCCGGCUGUGACCCGGUCUGACCUCGGUUCGACCUUGCUGUGACCUCUGACCUCUCCGGUCCUGGCUCUCCACCUGCUCUGCUGCCUGGGUUCAGGAACGCUCCGCCCUGGGGCCCAGAACGAGCCAAUCAGAAUGAAGAAGAGCCGCAGCGUGCUGUCGGUGACUGGAGAAGAGGGAAAUGACACAGAUAUAACAGGUGCUGGGGAGAAGGCGGAGUCGUCUCGCUGCAGCCGAUCCUAUACAUCUGGGGCUACUCUUGGGGCCGAGCUGCGCAGAGGGCGGAGCAGGCGACUCUCACCGAGUCUCCAGGUGCCCUGCUGGCUCCGCCCAAGAGACCGCACUCGUUCACCAGAGAUCCUGGGCAAUGUGUCACGUCCUACAACUCUUCCUCUCCGGAUCCCACCACGCAUCUCCAUCACACAAGCAGAUGCAGACAGUUACGAAGCAGAGAAUGGCGUGUCACCAGGUCACAGCCCUCUGGGCUCUCAGAGUCCAGGCCUCACCCUGCACACUUCCUUCCCCCAGGGCCAGAGAAGAGAGUCCUUCCUCUACCGUUCCGACUCUGACUACGACAUGUCGCCCAAGACGGUCUCACGUAACUCCUCCCUUGCCAGCGAAGGACACACAGCAGAGGACUUUAUUGUCACGCCUUUUGCUCAGGUACUGGCCAGUCUGCGAUCAGUACGGAGCAACUUCACCAUCCUUGCCAACGUCUCCACGCCGACAGUCAAGAGGUCUCCUCUGGGCAGUCCCAGGGCGACACUAUCGGACCAGCAGUACCAGCAGCUCGCUUUGGACACUCUGGAGGAGCUGGACUGGUGUCUGGACCAGCUGGAGACCAUUCAGACACACCGCUCUGUCAGUGAAAUGGCCUCCAACAAGUUUAAGAGAAUGCUGAACAGAGAGCUGUCCCACCUUUCAGAAAUGAGUCGCUCCGGGAACCAGGUAUCUGAAUACAUCUCCAGCACCUUCAUGGACAAGCAAAAUGAGGUGGAAAUCCCGUCUCCUACCCUGAAAGACAAAUCUAUGAGUCACAUCAGCGGAGUGAGGAAACUGUCUCACAGCUCCAGCCUCUCCAGCGCUUCCAUGCCUCGCUUCGGAGUCAACACAGACCACGAGGACGAGCUCGCCAAGGAGUUGGAGGAUCUGGACAAGUGGAGCUUUAACAUAUUCAGAGUAGCAGAGUUCUCCAACAACAGGCCCCUCAGCUGCAUCAUGUACGCCAUCUUCCAGGAACGAGAGCUGUUGAAGACAUUUCGAAUCCCAGUCGACACGUUUGUCACUUACAUGAUGACCCUGGAGGACCAUUACCAUGGAAACGUAGCGUACCACAACAGCCUCCAUGCUGCAGAUGUCACCCAGUCCACGCAUGUCCUGCUCUCCACACCUGCUCUUGAUGCCGUCUUCACUGACCUAGAGAUCCUCGCGGCUCUGUUCGCUGCAGCUAUUCAUGACGUAGACCAUCCGGGAGUCUCCAAUCAGUUCCUCAUCAACACCAACUCGGAGCUGGCCCUCAUGUAUAAUGACGAGUCAGUUCUGGAGAACCAUCAUCUCGCCGUGGGCUUCAAGCUCCUGCACCAGGAGAACUGUGACAUUUUCCAAAACCUCACCAAGAGGCAGCGGCAGAGCCUCCGCAAACUUGUCAUCGAUAUGGUGUUGGGCACAGACAUGUCCAAACACAUGACACUGCUGGCCGAUCUGAAGACCAUGGUGGAAACCAAGAAGGUGACGAGCUCUGGUGUCCUGCUGCUCGACCAGUACACAGAACGAAUACAGGUAUUGAGGAACAUGGUGCACUGCGCAGACCUGAGCAACCCCACCAAGCCGCUGCCGUUGUACAGACAGUGGACGGAGAGGAUCAUGGAGGAGUUUUUCCGCCAGGGUGACAAAGAGCGCGAGAGAGGGAUGGAGAUUAGCGCCAUGUGUGACAAACACACCGCAUCUGUGGAGAAGAGCCAGGUGGGUUUUAUCGACUACAUCGUCCACCCUUUGUGGGAGACAUGGGCUGACCUGGUGCACCCGGACGCCCAGGAGCUGCUGGACACGCUGGAGGAGAACAGGGAGUGGUACCUGAACACCAUGCCCCAGUCUCCCUCGCCUCCACCGGACAGACACCUGCAGCAUGACCGCUUCCAGUUCGAAAUCACCCUGGAGGAUCUGGAGCACAACAAUCACAACCACAUGGACGACGGCGACGAACAGAACGCCACUUGUGAUGGCGCCGACACAGACGGUGUACAGGAGGAGGACGAGGAAGAGGAGGAGGAGGAGGAGGAGCAGCCAGACGUCGGGGAAGAGAACCACAUAGAGAAGGAAGAGGAUGAGGAGAAUCACAACGGCAACGAGAACGGAGUCCAGGAUGGAGAGGAGGAGGAGGAGGAGGAGGGAGAAGAGACUAGAGAAAGAGAGACGGAGGAGGAGGAGGAGGUGCAGGAGGACACAGCAUGUGAGGAACAUGAUGAGCAAGAAGAAGCAGGAGAAGGAGAGCAAAGAGAUGAUGUGGAAGAAGAAGACCAAGAAAACAAGGAUCCAGUGGAGGAUGGACAAACUAAAGAGGAGGAUGAUCAGGAAAUGCAAGAGGAAGUGGAGGAGGAGGAAGAAGGUGGAGAAAAUGAGGAAGCAAAGGAAGCUGGAGAAGAAAGUGAGGAAAAUGUAGAAAGGGAAGAGGUAGAAGGGGAAAUGGAUGAAGAAGAAGAAGGUGAGGGGGAAGAGGAAACUGAAAAGGAGGAGGCAGAAGUGGAGGAAAAAGAGGACGGAGAAAUUAAUGAGGAUAUAGAGGGUGAGGGGGAGGACAGUGGUGGACAAGAGGAGGGAGAGAACGAGGAGAAAGCAGAGGAAGAGGAGUCGGAGAUGGUGGAGGGAGAGGAGGGAGAAGAGGGAGAGACAGAGGAGAACGUAGAGGACGAAAGGGAGGAAGAAGAGGAGGAAGAAAAUUAG